AUGAUUUACUUAAAGUCCCUGCUCAACGUUGUCGACAACUCUGGUGCUCUUGUUGUUGAAUGCAUCAAAGUUCUCGGCAAAAAACCUAAGAACCAUGCCCGCAUUGGUGAUCAGAUUGUGGUUGUUGUUCAAAAGGCCCGUCCUUUGGCUGCCGCAGGGUCUGGUCCUGGCGGCCCAUCUGCUGGUUCUUCCAACUCUCAGAAAUUGCGCCAGGGUGAUAUGCGCCAUGCCGUGGUAGUCCGUACUAAACAGCUGCAACCCCGUGCUGAUGGAUCUGUCAUGCGAUUCGAUGAUAACGCGUGUGUGCUUAUUAACAAUAACGGAGAGCCUCUGGGUACGCGUGUCAAUGGUGUCGUUGCCAAAGAGCUUCGUGAUAAGGGUUUCAAUAAGAUUAUUGCACUUGCUCCACGAACAGUUUAA